AUGAGAGGUGCUCUCACCUCUCUCCUCAACCUGUGUGCCUGGUUGGGCCGGUGUCUUUGGGCGGCGAUGCUCGCUUUCCUCGCGGCGAGUCUAUCGGCCGAUGGGGGAGUAAAGGCUCUCCACCGGAGCUGUCAUUCGGUGAUACAGGAACCCUCGGCGGUGCGACCACAUCACACGAAAGGUCAAUUCGAAAUCCAUCAACGGAUUCUCUCGAGUCCGGGCAAGGACAAAAAGAACAAAAGGAGAUUUACAGCUCUGAGCGAUGAAGUAGAGCUAUCCGGAACUGCUCAGAAGAGGGGAUCUGAAGGGAUGGCGCUUCUGGCUUCCCCAUGCGUCGGAGAUGGAUGUGAUGUUCCUAGCUUUUGA